AUGCCCAGCGUCAGGUAUGGCUGGACUAUUACUCUUACAAGCAAUUGUAGCGUCCGUCGUUUCUCUUUUUUUGUCUGUAAACGGGGGUCAGCGAGUGCUGUGGCAAAUCUAUGCGUUAACGCAGUGCCUUCGAACGACGUGUGCCACCUGCCCAAGCAACCCGGGCCGUGCCUUGCCUACAUCCCUCGCUACUACUACAACAACGUCACCAAGCAGUGCGAGCGGUUCAUCUACGGAGGAUGCCAAGGCAACGCUAACAACUUCCACACCCUGCUACAGUGCACCCGGACUUGCAAGCCCUACAACCUCACGUCUGGCAUUGACAUGAACUUCGUGUCGGAACCGGAGCCCACGGAUCCCGUGUGCUACGAGCCGAAGAAGGUCGGACCCUGCAGGGCCUACGCUCCUCGCUACUUCUACAACACGACGACCAAGUACUGCGAGCGCUUCAUCUACGGAGGCUGCAGGGGAAACCGCAACAACUUCCACGAACUGGAGGAGUGCCUGAAGACCUGCAAGGUCGGAUACCAGAACGUCACGGAGAGGUUCAUGCAGUUGACCACUCCGCUCAAAAACGACACUUGCUACCUGCCGAUGAAGGCUGGCCCUUGCUACGGCUACUUCCCCCGCUACUACUACAACACCACGACAAACUCCUGCGAACAGUUCAUCUACGGAGGAUGCCAGGGCAAUGCCAACAACUUCCCGACGCUAGAGAAAUGCGAGAGUGUAUGCAGCAACAGUUCUUACGUAUUGGAACUCACGAAGUCCAGGCUCAUCACUAAACUCGUGGUCAAGAACGACACGUGCCACCUGCCGAAGGAAAGUGGACCUUGCUUCGGCAACUUCCCCCGCUACUACUACAACGCCACGACAAACUCCUGCGAACAGUUCAUCUACGGAGGAUGCCAGGGCAACGCCAACAACUUCCUGACGCUAGAGAAAUGCGAGAGUGUAUGCAGCAACAGUUCUUACGUAUUGGAACUCACGAGGUCCAGGCUCAUCACUAAACUUGGUAAGUGCAAGAUCAUAUAAUAGUUUCAAAGUGAAAACAAGUGCUGUUAAAAAUGAUAGCAGUUUAGCUGUUUCACUCACUUUCGGGCGGCCUUUCGCGCAAGAAUUAGGUUUAGAAGCAGUUUUGAUGGAAGUAACGUUUUAAAAGCACCACGCAGUCGCUUAAAUUGGAGAGAAAUGACUUAACACAGAUGGUGCAAGCUCCGCGACUUUCACGAAUGAACUUUGCAUGGAUCAUUAACGUCCCAAAGAAACGCAUGGUCUA